ACAGUGUCAAGCUAAUGAUAAUGCACCGAUGAGUGAAUAUUGCUAGUCUUUGUACGUUAAUGACAUCUGUGCCAAUGAUACCAGAAUCCUGCAGUCAUGUAUUGGCAGAAUUUGAGUGUUUGGAUCCUUUGCUUUCUGCACUCAGGUUGGAUUCUAGUCGUCUGAAGUGCACAUGCAUAGCCACAUCUCGGAAAUGGCUGGCGCUGGGCAGUUCAGGUGGUGGCUUGAACCUUAUCCAGAAAGAAGGCUGGAAACAGCGACUCUUUCUCACUCAUAAGGAGGGUGCCAUUUCCCAGGUUGCCUGUUGUUUACAUGAUGAAGAUUAUGUUGCUGUAGCCACCAGUCAAGGCCUUGUUGUAGUCUGGGAAUUGAAUCAAGAACGUCGUGGGAAGCCGGAACGGAUUUAUGUUUCCUCUGAGCAUAAAGGCAGAAAGGUCACAGCUCUCUGUUGGGAUACAGCUGCCCUUCGAGUUUUUGUGGGAGAUCAUGUGGGGAAAGUAUCUGCCAUCAAGAUUAAUACAUCCAAACAAGGAAAGGCAGCUGCUGCUUUUGUGAUGUUUCCAGUUCAAAUUAUAACCACUGUAGAUUCCCGGGUAGUUCAGCUUGAUUAUAUGGAUGGAAGAUUGCUCAUCUCUUCACUCACUCGCACCUACUUAUGUGAUACAGAGAGAGAAAAGUUCUGGAAAGUUGGUAACAAAGAAAGAGAUGGAGAAUAUGGAGCCUGCUUUUUCCCAGUUGGAAAGGGUGGAGGGAGCCAGCUGCCAUUAAUAUAUUGCGCACGUCCAGGGUCAAGGAUGUGGGAGGUGAACUUUGAAGGAGAGGUGCUAAGCACGCAUCAAUUCAAACAGCUGUUAUCAUCACCUCCUCUCCCUCUCAUUACUCUAAGGUCGGAUCCUCAGUAUAAUGCUUCUUCCUGUUCCCCCCAGUCUUUGUCUUUCCCAAAACUGUUAUAUUUGACUGACCAUUGUGUCAUGACCUGGACAGAAAAAGGCAUUUAUAUCUUCAUUCCACAGAGUGUUCAAGUUUUACUUUGGAGUGAAAUAAAAGAUAUUCAGGAUAUUGCAGUAUUCAAAAAUGAGUUAUUCUGUCUGCAUACGUAUGGGAAAGUCUCGCACCUCUCCCUUCUGCUAGUGGAGCGCUGUGUAGAACGUCUGCUGCGACGAGGCUUCUGGAGCCUUGCUGCCAAAGUCUGCUGCCUCUUCCAGAACUCCAUUGUUUCCUGCAGAGCAAGAAAAGCUUUGCCUCUAGAUAAGUUAGAACACUUGAAAUCACAGCUGGACCUCUCAACACAACCAGAUGUCAUUAGUCAACUGGAAGAAUUGAUUUCAAAGUUGGAACCUCUAGAUUCUGCAUGCAGCAGUAGGAGGAGCAGUAUCUCAUCACAUGAAAGUUUCAGUGUUUUAGACUCUGGUAUUUAUCGUGUUAUUAGCCGAAGAGGCAGUCAGUCAGAUGAGGACUCUUGUUCUAUACACAGUCAAGCCCUAUCAGAAGAUGAGAGACUUAAAGAAUUUUCUGCACAUCAGGAAGAAGAGCAAGUGGACCUUGACAACGUGUCUCAUGCUUCUGUGACGGUUGAGACUGAUCGGACUGAGACUUUUCUCCCAUUCAGUAUUCCUUUGUCAUUUCGUUCCCCAUCUCCUCUCGUCUCUCUCCAAGCUGUCAAGGAAAGUGUUUCCAGCUUCGUACGCAAAACCACCGAAAAGAUUGGCACAUUUCAUGUGAGUCCUGAUGUCAAAGUGAGGCAGGAAGUGAAAGAUGAGGAGCAGCCACAUGAAGUGACUGCAAGUAUAGCAGCAUACCCCCAGGAAGAAGACGAAAACAUAGUGGAGCAAAGCCAGCCUCCAGAAGUGGACCAGCUAAGAGACCUCAAGGUAGCAACAGUAGAAGCUAUAGCCAAACUCCAGGAUCCUCUCAUAUUGUUAGAACCCCAAUGCUUGAAGGAGGUAUUACAGGAGUGGUUUUUGUACCUGGAAGAAACAUUUGCCUUCAGAGAGCCUUCCAUUUCAGAUGACAGUUCAUCCAUUUCAGAUGAUGGCUUAUCUAUUAAGCAAGACAAAACUAUGUUUGCUGAAGAACAGAGUGAAGGCUUGGAAGAAAAUAUUGAACUACCUCAAAAUAACGAAGUUCACGUAGACAAAGGAGAGAGUGGUGCCUUGGAAUACAACAUGGAAAAGAAUGAAGCUAGUAAAGCUCAUGCAGGCAAAACUGUAUGUGAAAAUGAUGCCACUGCAAAGGAAACCUUGGAUCAUUCUUUUAGAGUGUAUCCUCCAUGUUCUAUACCGCAAGAGGUGCAUAAGGAUCUAGUUGAGUUGACAACGUUGUGUUUUGAAUUAAACGUGUUUGCUUGUGAGAGCAAGCCUAAAAAAGAAAGCUCUGAGCAGCGUUUGCCAUUAACAACUUUAUGGGUCUUGGCUUGUAGGUUUAUACAAAGCUACUUCUUUCUCUUGGAUUUAAAAAGACUAAAGGAUUUCAUUAUAAUCAAUUAUGCCAACAGUCCCAAUAUUUGGGAAACUUACAUUGAAGGAUUGAAAGCUACAGAAGAACUGAUGGCUCCUGAGGGGCUAUGCUUCCCCUUGUUUGAGCUGACACACAGUAGUCCAGUGACUUCGGCAAUGGAAAAUGGUGAUAUGUUGAAAAUAUUAAAAUUAUUAAAUGAUCUGAGGCCCUGGGAUAGCCCUCUGUUACUGGCACAUGUCCAAAGACUCUAUGAGAAGUUUGGAGAAACAGCUCUGAGGCCCUUGAUCAAGUUCUACCCGUCCAUCUUGCCUUCUGACAUCAUGCAGCUUUGUAGACAUCACCCUGCCCAUUUCCUGGCAUAUUUAGACAGUCUUGUAAAAUCCAAACCAGAAGACAAAAGGGCAUCUCUGCUUAGAUCACUUCUUCAGCCUGAAUCCUUACGACUAGAUUGGCUAGAAUGGGCAGUUUCUUAUGAUGCACCACAAAAAGCAAACACUGUGGAUGCUGAGGGAAACCCCAGCCCACGUUCACACUUGUUUACUUGGGGAUAUAGCCAACUGAUUUUGCUUCUCAUUAAACUCCCAGCUGAUUUUGUAACUAAAGAAAAGAUGGCUGACAUCUGUAAGUCACAUGGCUUCUGGCCUGGAUAUCUUUCACUUUGUUUGGAGAUGGAUAGAAGAAAAGAAGCCUUUACUUACAUUGUUCAUUUGGAUGAUAUGAACCUGUUAGAUGAAGAACAUGAUUCACUUCCAGAGAUUAUGGACGAAUGGAAGUUCCUUCUCCACCUUGCACAGAGUCACAGCACGGGUCCCCACCAUGCUGGUGCACAGAAUGGGAAUACUGUCAGCAAUGGCAGCUCUGAUUGGUCUAACUGCAUCACUGUUGAAAAUAUAGCUCUCUUGUUAGCAAAGGUGAUUGGGCCAGAUAAUGCAUUGCCACUAUUGCAGGAGUGUGGCUUGACAGUCGAAUUGUCUGACAGAUUUACCAGGGUCUGCGAGAUACUGAGAAUUGCUGAAAAAAGGCAAAGAGCCCUCAUUCAGUCCAUGCUGGAAAGGUGUGACCGGUUUUUGUGGUCUCAGCAGACAUAGCAAACGAUCCCUGAAAAUAUUGAAAAGAAGUUCUGUACUGUACAUAUUAUAAAUUAAAGUGCCUCUUAAACUGCAUAACCUCUUAAAGAGACAGAAUCCUAUUGAGAAAAUAAUAUAUUCAGCCAAAUUGCAUGAGAAAAUUUACCUGAGCUAAAUUUACUUCCAUAAUACUUCCUGAACAGCUUAACAUUUGCAUCUAUAACAAGUUGUAGGAUGUCUUAGAUGAAAGUAAUCCAAUGCUUAUGCUGAAAUUAGGCCUACAUGAGUCUGAAUAUUUCACACUGAAGAUUAAAACUCCUGAAGAAAUUUGCUAACAGCACUGCAUGAAUUAAGAGUUGGUUAGGAGUUUACUCCUUUGAACAUCAAAUUAGACUUUGAAGUACUCCUUUGCCUUGAUCAACUCUUUUCUGCUCAUAAUGUAAACUUUAAAAUGACUAAUUCAAUGUACAUUGCAAGCAUGAACUUACCCCCUCUCAGAAAUACUUAAGCCACAUUCCCAUCUAUCUUCUUUUUGGCUGUUCAUUUUUGCAAAUAGUUACAGUGAGUGCAUGCAAGGAUGCAGAUUUUUCCCAAUAAUACAGACUGUCUACUCUUGCCACUUAAAAAAGACAUUAUUUUUGCUUCUUAUGACUGGAAUAAAGUAAUCUUAUGCAAAAUGGAUUGCAUAUAGUUGAAUAAUACAUUAAGAUAUUGGAUAACAAAUGGCAUUUAUAAAUAUACAAUUGAAAAAUGGGCAAACACAAAUUUCCUAAAUUGCAUGCAUCUAUUAUAAAACAUGAUCUCUGAUUUCUUGUGUAAAAUGCCAGUAGACUUUUUGAGAUGUCAGUAUUGCUCUGACUUUUUUUUUUUUUCUUCGAUCUUUUCAGAAAAUGAGAGAACUGCAUACUUUUUUAAAUUGCCUGUUUUAAAAAGCUGAAAGUACUAACAAAUAUUUUAGAGAGAGACUGUCAGGCUAAAAAUCCUGUGGCUUUUUUAAAGAAGUCUUAACCUCUUCUUAGAAGCAUUAAAAUACUAGAUUUGAAUCAUUAUACAUCUAGUUUUACUGUUUCAUUUCCAAAAAAUAUGCUUUGCACCUUACCGUUUACCUUUUUUGUACACUUUAUUUCAGCUGAGAUGGAGAACAUAAAGAAAAGAUGCUUCUAGUUACAGCCCAUUUUCAUUUUAGGCUCUCACUUCCUACCACAGUACCAUAAUGUCUGGAUUAUGGUCAUGUCGUGCCCUCCCCCCUGCCCCCCCAAAAUCUUUUUAAAAAGAGAUUAAUAACUCUUUUAAAGUUACUUUUUCCCAGUUUUUCUGUCAAAACUAAAACUUUGUCUUUAAUGACAGUAUCACUUUAAAAGCAAGAGCCUUUAUCUCUUUUUACAUGCACAUUUUGGUCUCCAUUUGUUCCAUUUCAAAUGAAGGGUUUUAUUUUGGGGGGAAAAAUAGAUUUUAGCUCCUCAUGUCAUUUUCAUGCUCAGAGGUGUAGUGUGAUUGUAUGAAACUGCAGAUGGAUGCGUAACCAUUUUCUCUUGCAUGCUAGAAGACUUGCUGCCUUCGGUGGAGGGAUUGGUAGCUUUGCCGGACAGGUUAAAAGUCCACAGGCAUGUGCCCAGUAGCGGGCUUUUCAUAACUUAAUCUUGCUUCAUAGGGAGGAAAAACACCAAAAGCGAAUUUUCAGCUUGAAUUGUUUUGGGGGUUUGGUUUAAAAAGAAAAAAUAAAGCACCAUCUUGUAACCUAAAGCACACCAUGGUCUUGUAAUAUGAUAGGUAGGUACUCCUUAGUUGUUACCCUGCCUUCGCCAUUGAUAAGCUGCCAGGCUUUGAACAAUUAAUUUCACUUUUGUGUGCCUGUUUCCCUACCUGUAAAAAAACAAACAAACAAAAGCCUAUUUCUACCUCAAAUGGGUGUUGGGAUUAAUUAGUACAGUUUUAUGCAGCACUUUGAGGAGGGUGUAACAAUCUGUAUACGUUCUGUCACCCAUCUCAGGAGAACUCACACAUGGUGCAUCAUAGAAAACUAUUGAUGUCUCCUCUCUUAGAAGACAAAGUAACAGAACAGCUGACAACUUGUAUACAUGUCCUUUUUAUAACUUGUUUUUGUACACCUUCAUAAUGCUGAUUUUUUUUAAA